AUGUUUGAUGAUCUUGAUCAUUCCCGUGACGUUGCAUGCGGUGGUUCGCCGAUACCCGCAGCUGGCAACGAAAUGUCACUAUCCCUUGGGGACAAUCGAACUGGCUGCCAUGUCCUACCAUGUCUGGAUGCGCCGGUCAAGAGGCCUCUGGCAGACCUGCGGGCUGCUAGUCAACUGCAGCUUUUCUAUGUCUCGUCCUGGGAAGAUCCGCCGGGGCCCAACGACCCGAGAGUAUCGACUGUCGAACAAGGGGAGUGGAGCCAGGUGGGGACAGCGGCAGAACGCGAUGCAGCCGUACACACUCCCAGCCUACGACAAGGAUCCAGAGGGAGGACAUCCUCGAAAACAGCGAUGGGUCAUCGCACGCUACAGGAUAUUGGGAUUGCGCGAGUCUUUUCGCUCAUCCAGACCCUGGUCCUGGCGAGUGAACAACACCGCGCCAUGGUCCGGAAGCUCAUCGUGGCCUGGCAGAUGGAAGGCCUAAGUACCGCGCGUCGCAGCACCAUCCUCCGAUUUGUCCUGUACUAUCGUCAAAACCACAAGAAUGAGGCCUCGCAGGAACCCGGUACGAGAAUUCGAUUCAUGAAGGGAACUGUAGAUGUGGCAGAGACGAUCAAGACAUACUUGAAUGCACGUCGGGGGAUCUGUGCUCGACAGUUGAUCCGCAACAAGGUCAAGGCGAUCGUUCAGCCCCAGCUGAGCGAUGACCUCCGGCUCCUGGAUCUGGACGUUGAGCCGUACCAUCAGUGGUUGGACAUUGACACAACAGGUGACCCUACCGGACCAUCCAGAAACCACGUCCAAUGGAUCGCCUCCAGAAUCGCUGAAGGCCGUGGUCAUUCCAGAUGA